AUGAAGUACUACGCAAUGAAAGAUAAAAAUGCUCAACACAUACGAUUUGAUAUUGAACCUUAUGACGGAACUGAAAAUGAAAGCUAUGUACGCAGCCACAGUGAUCAACAUAUAUCGACGACAAAAGAAGAAGAUAGAUUAACACUCAAACAACUACCUCGAAUAUCAUCAGCCGGUGCAAGUACAUUUCCUGUUAUCUACGAAGGAGUCGUUGCAUCUAAUAGUAGUAGUAGCACAAGAGAUGUUUCAUGCCCAUCACCAACAUGGUACGUGCCGACGUCAGCUCCGCCUACUAUUCAUAACCAACAAAUGAAUAAUCGUGCGACGAUUUUUGGAUCGCUCGACAGGCAGUUGUCUUUACUCGAUCCCAUGUCGGAUCGGGUUAGUACUAUACUCGUUUGGCAAAACUUAAUCGUUUCAACGCGACAAGAUAAAAAGAGUCAAUUAUUACAACGUAUGAAAUUAUCAAAAAAUGCUGCACCGAAAAAGAAGGUUCUCCUUCACAACGUUAGUGGAGCAAUCACAGGCGGCUUAUGGGCGGUAAUGGGUGCAUCUGGCUCUGGCAAGUCUACUCUUUUGAAUACAUUGGCUUGUCGUUUGGACGUCAACACUGUCGUUGAAGGUGAAAUGCGACUCAAUGGUGCACCCUAUAAUAAUGCUGAGUUGAAACGUAUUGCUGGUUAUGUUAUGCAAGAUGAUCUCUUGAAUGGAUAUUUAACUGUUGAAGAGACUUUGAUGUAUACAGCUAAACUACGUUUACCAAGAACAUUUACGGAUAAACAGAGAGAAGAACGUGUCGAAGAUGUCCUCAAUGACUUAGGACUGGUGCACGUGCGAAAAGCAAUCAUUGGUUCUCAGCUUAAACAGGGCAUUUCGGGCAGUGAACGCAAGCGUUUAUGUGUCAGUAUGCAACUAUUAAAUCGUCCCCAACUACUGUUUCUCGAUGAACCAACAACAGGUUUAGAUUCUGUUACAGCAUUGGACCUGUUGCACACACUACAUGCACUAGCACAUGGCAAAUCCCAAGAGAAAGCUGUUACAAUCGUUUGUUCAAUUCAUCAACCGCAAUCAAAAAUCUUCAAUCUAUUCGAUUCACUCACUUUACUGAAAUCGGGAAAAAUCAUUUAUCAAGGUCCAAGAAAGCAAGCCAUGGAAGUUUUUCGUGCAGCUGGCUUUCCAUGUCCAUUGUAUACAAAUCCAGCUGAUCAUCUACUUGAUGUCAUCACUCCGGCGAAAACUGGUGAUAGGGAGGAUGUACAUCAACAAGAAGAAGCCACUGACAAAGCGAUUAUUCAAUGUCAAAACCCAAUUGAAAUUGAUCUUAAUAUGGGUGUUGACAAACGUCUCGAACAAAUGGGCAGUUUACCGUUGAAUCCGACUUGGUUCCAACAAGUACACGUACUCCUUCAACGUAACUUUAGAGAACAAAAACGAAAAUGGAAGAUCACUGCUGUUUGUUUGCUACAAACAAUCAUUAUGGCAGUUCUCAUUGGAACUGUCUUCCUUCGUAUUGGCCAAACCCAAUCCAGUAUUGUCCGUCGUGAAUCAGUUAUCUUUUUCUGUAUAAUCAAUCAAGGUAUUUUUGGUGCAUUAACAGUUAUCAAUUCGUUUCCUGUUGAACGAACGUUAACAUUGCGUGAACGUGCCUCUGGAACUUAUUUUGCUAGUUCUUACUUCGUUGCAAAGAUCGUCGCAGAUACUCUCGUUCAAAUACCGAUACCAAUUGCAUUUUCAUGUGUCGUCUAUUUUCUUGUCGGAUUGGAUGCCACGGUUGGAAAGUUUUUUAUGUUCACUCUAUUCACAUUGCUUUGCUCCAUGUCGUCGACCUCGCUAGCCUUAAUGAUAUCAGCCUUAUGUCAAACAACCGACAUGAGUGUCACUGUUCUUCCCAUGGCACUUGAAGUAACCCGUUUAUUCAGUGGUUUCUUCUUAGCUCCAUCGCGCUUACCGAAAUAUUUUACAUGGCUCGAUGCUUUAUCCUAUGUUAAAUAUAGCUUUGUUGGUGUUAGUUUAAAUGAAUUUCAAGGAUUACGGUUAAGCUGUGCAAAUACAAGAAGCAUACCUGUCAAUGCUACUUAUAGUAUAACAAAACAAUGCAUAGAAACGGGUGAAUACUUUAUCACGGAACGUGGUUAUGACUAUCUGAAUAUAUGGGCAUGUGUAGGAGUAUUAUUUGCAAUUAUUAUUUUCUGUCGAUUUUGUGCUUUCAUUGGAGUCCGCUUUUUAAAGAAUUAA